AGCAUGGUGAAUAUGAUCCUCAAACUGUAAGACCAGGAAGCAGAUACAGUCAUGUACAGGAAGUACAGGAGCGACUUAACUUCUUACGAUUUUUAUUGAAGGAUGGUCAGCUGUGGCUCUGUGCCCCUCAGGCGAAGCAAAUAUGGAAGUGUUUAGCUGAAAAUGCAGUUUAUCUUUGUGAUCGCGAAGCCUGUUUUAAAUGGUAUUCCAAACUAAUGGGGGAUGAACCAGACUUAGACCCUGACAUUAAUAAGGACUUCUUUGAAAAUAAUGUGCUUCAGCUGGAUCCUUCCCUAUUAACAGAAAAUGGAAUGAAAUGUUUUGAACGUUUCUUCAAAGCUGUGAACUGUCGAGAAGGAAAGCUAGUAGCAAAGAGACGAGCCUAUAUGAUGGAUGAUCUGGAAUUAAUAGGAUUAGACUACCUUUGGAGGGUUGUGAUUCAGGGAAAUGACGACAUCGCAAACAGAGCAAUAGAUCUUCUUAAAGAGAUCUAUACUAAUCUUGGCCCAAGGUUACAAGUUAAUCAGGUAGUGAUUCAUGAAGACUUUAUUCAGUCCUGUUUUGAUCGUCUAAAAGCCUCCUAUGAUACAUUAUGUGUGUUGGAUGGAGAUAAAGACAGUAUCAACUGCGCAAGACAAGAAGCAAUACGAAUGGUGAGAGUGUUGACUGUUUUAAGAGAGUACAUAAAUGAAUGUGACAGUGAUUACCACGAAGAGAGAACAAUUCUACCUAUGUCAAGAGCUUUCCGUGGUAAACAUAUCACACUGGUAGUUCGUUUUCCAAACCAAGGCCGCCAGGUAGAAGAUUUGGAUAUUUGGUCUCAUACAAAUGACACAAUUGGCCAAGUACGGCGUUGUAUUCUCAAUCGUAUUAAAGCCAAUAGCGCGCACACAAAAGUAGAACUGUUCAUUGGUGGUGAGCUGGUGGACCCUGCUGAUGACAGAAAAUUAAUUGGGCAGUUGAAUCUCAAAGACAAAACGCUAAUUACGGCUAAGCUUACACAGAUAAAUUCUAAUAUGCCCUCAAGUCCAGAUAGUUCUUCUGACUCUUCAACUGGUUCUCCGGGCAACCAUGGCAAUCACUACAGUGAUGGUCCAAAUCCAGAAGUUGAAAGCUGUUUGCCUGGAGUGAUCAUGUCACUGCAUCCUCGAUACAUCUCUUUUCUUUGGCAAGUUGCAGACUUGGGAAGUAGCCUAAAUAUGCCACCUCUUAGAGACGGAGCACGUGUUCUUAUGAAGCUCAUGCCACCAGAUAACACUACGGUUGAGAAACUAAGAGCUAUUUGUUUAGACCAUGCAAAACUUGGAGAAAGCAGCCUUAGUCCGUCCCUUGAUUCUCUAUUCUUUGGUCCUUCUGCCUCACAAGUGCUGUAUCUAACAGAGGUAGUUUAUGCCUUGUUAAUGCCUGCCAGUGCACCCCUGGGAGAAGAUGCCAGUGACUUCCAAUACAACUUCUUAAAAAGUGGUGGUUUGCCUCUUGUAUUGAGCAUGCUGACUAGAAAUAACUUCCUGCCAAAUGCAGAUAUGGAAACUCGAAGGGGUGCCUACCUUAAUGCUCUAAAAAUAGCCAAAUUAUUGCUAACAGCAAUUGGAUAUGGCCAUGUUCGAGCUGUGGCAGAAGCUUGUCAGCCAGUUGUGGAAGGCACAAGUACAAUUUCACCGAUAAACCAGGCUACGCAUGACCAGGCAGUGGUGCUACAAAACGCUCUACAAAACAUUCCUAAUCCGACUUCAGAAUGCAUGCUAAGAAAUGUAGCAAUACGCCUUGCACAGCAAAUAUCUGAUGAGGCUUCAAAAUACAUCCCUGAUAUCUGUGUUAUUAGGGCAGUACAAAAAAUUGUUUGGGCAUCAGGUUGUGGGUCAGUUCAGCUGGUUUUCAGCUCGAAUGAGGAAAUUAGUAAAAUCUAUGAAAAGACAAAUGCAGGAAAUGAACCAGACAUGGAAGAUGAACAAGUUUGCUGCGAAGCAUUGGAGGUGAUGACCCUGUGUUUUGCUUUGAUUCCAACGGCACUGGAUGCACUUAGUAAAGAAAAGGCAUGGCAGACGUUUAUCAUUGAUUUGCUAUUGCACUGUCACAGCAAAACUGUUCGUCAGAUGGCACAGGAGCAAUUCUUUUUAAUGGCUACCAGGUGUUGCAUGGGACAGAGACCUCUCCUUUUCUUCAUUACCCUGCUGUUUACUGUUUUAGGGAGUACCGCAAGAGAGCGAGCUAAGCAUUCUGGAGACUACUUCACCCUUUUAAGACAUCUUCUUAACUAUGCUUACAACAGUAAUAUUAAUGUACCCAAUGCUGAAGUUCUUCUCAAUAAUGAAAUUGACUGGCUUAAGAGGAUUAGGGAUGAAGUAAAAAGAACAGGGGAAACAGGUGUUGAAGAAACUAUUUUAGAGGGUCACCUUGGAGUAACAAAAGAGUUGUUAGCAUUCCAGACACCUGAGAAGAAAUACCAUAUUGGUUGUGAAAAAGGAGGUGCUAAUCUCAUUAAAGAGUUGAUAGAUGAUUUCAUCUUUCCAGCAUCCAAUGUUUAUUUACAAUACAUGAGAAAUGGAGAAUUGCCUGCUGAGCAGGCCAUACCAGUCUGUAGUUCACCAGCUACUAUUAAUGCUGGCUUUGAGCUACUAGUUGCACUAGCAGUUGGAUGUGUCCGAAAUCUCAAACAGAUAGUAGACACCUUGACUGAAAUGUAUUACAUAGGUACAGCAAUCACUACUUGUGAAGCGCUUACAGAAUGGGAGUAUCUACCACCUGUUGGGCCUCGACCGCCAAAGGGAUUUGUAGGACUAAAAAAUGCUGGUGCCACUUGUUACAUGAAUUCUGUCAUUCAGCAGCUGUACAUGAUUCCAGCCAUCAGGAAUGGGAUUCUUGCAAUUGAAGGCACAGGCAGUGAUGUAGAUGAUGACAUGUCUGGGGAUGAAAAGCAGGACAAUGAGAGCAAUGUUGACCCACGAGAUGAUGUGUUUGGUUAUCCACAUCAGUAUGAAGACAAACCAGCACUAAGUAAAACAGAAGAUAGAAAAGAGUACAAUAUUGGCGUUCUGAGGCACCUCCAAGUAAUUUUUGGCCAUUUAGCAGCUUCCAGGCUACAGUACUAUGUACCAAGAGGGUUUUGGAAACAAUUCAGACUUUGGGGUGAACCUGUAAAUCUACGUGAACAACAUGAUGCUUUAGAAUUUUUUAAUUCUUUGGUGGACAGUUUAGAUGAAGCUUUAAAAGCUUUGGGCCAUCCAGCAAUGUUAAGUAAAGUUCUAGGAGGGUCCUUUGCUGAUCAGAAGAUUUGUCAAGGAUGCCCACAUCGGUACGAAUGCGAGGAAUCCUUCACAACUCUGAAUGUAGAUAUAAGAAAUCACCAAAACCUUCUUGAUUCUUUGGAACAGUAUGUCAAAGGAGAUUUAUUGGAAGGUGCAAAUGCAUAUCAUUGUGAAAAAUGUAACAAAAAGGUUGAUACAGUGAAACGCUUGUUGAUUAAGAAGUUGCCUCCAGUUCUUGCAAUCCAGUUGAAACGAUUUGAUUAUGACUGGGAAAGGGAAUGUGCAAUCAAGUUCAAUGAUUAUUUUGAAUUUCCACGAGAGCUGGACAUGGAGCCUUACACGGUGGCAGGUGUAGCUAAAUUGGAAGGAGAUGAUGUAAAUCCUGAAAAUCAGAUAAUACAAAACGAACAGUCAGAAAAUGAACACUCUGGGAGCACGAAAUACAGGCUUGUUGGUGUACUUGUACACAGUGGUCAGGCCAGUGGUGGACAUUAUUAUUCUUAUAUUAUCCAGAGGAAUGGUGGAGAUGGUGAGAAAAAUCGGUGGUAUAAAUUUGAUGAUGGAGAUGUGACAGAGUGUAAAAUGGAUGAUGAUGAAGAAAUGAAAAACCAGUGUUUUGGUGGAGAAUACAUGGGAGAAGUGUUUGAUCAUAUGAUGAAGCGUAUGUCCUACAGACGCCAGAAGAGAUGGUGGAAUGCUUAUAUUCUUUUUUAUGAACGUAUGGACACAAUAGACAAAGACAAUGAACUAAUAAAAUAUAUUUCAGAACUCGCUAUCACCACUAAACCCCAUCAGAUUAAAAUGCCAUCAGCCAUUGAACGAAGCGUACGGAAGCAGAAUGUGCAGUUCAUGCAUAAUCGUAUGCAGUACAGCCUAGAAUAUUUCCAGUUCAUAAAGAAGUUGCUUACUUGUAAUAGUGUCUACUUAAAUCCUCCUCCAGGACAAGAUCAUCUGUUGCCUGAAGCAGAAGAAAUAACUAUGAUUAGUAUUCAGCUUGCUGCUAGAUUUCUCUUCACCACAGGAUUUCAUACAAAGAAAAUAGUCCGUGGCCCUGCUAGUGAUUGGUAUGAUGCAUUAUGCAUCCUUCUUCGUCACAGCAAGAAUGUACGCUUUUGGUUUGCACACAACGUCCUUUUUAAUGUUUCAAACCGCUUCUCUGAGUAUCUUUUGGAAUGUCCUAGCGCUGAAGUGAGAGGUGCAUUUGCAAAACUUAUAGUAUUUAUUGCACAUUUUUCAUUGCAAGACGGACCAUGCCCUUCACCUUUUGCCUCUCCUGGACCUUCCAGUCAGGCUUAUGAUAACUUAAGUUUAAGUGAUCACUUACUGAGAGCGGUACUAAAUCUUCUAAGAAGGGAAGUAUCUGAACAUGGGCGCCAUUUGCAGCAGUAUUUCAAUCUGUUUGUGAUGUAUGCCAAUCUAGGUGUAGCAGAGAAGACACAACUUCUGAAACUAAAUGUUCCUGCAACCUUCAUGCUUGUGGCUCUGGAUGAAGGUCCAGGUCCUCCAAUUAAAUACCAGUAUGCUGAACUGGGGAAGCUAUACACUGUUGUGUCACAGCUGAUCCGUUGUUGCAAUGUGUCAUCGCGGAUGCAGUCUUCUAUCAAUGGUAAUCCCCCACUUGCCAACCCAUAUGGUGAUCCUAAUUUAUCUCAACCUAUAAUGGCACUUCAGCAGAACGUAGCAGACAUUUUGUUUGUGAGAACUAGUUAUGUGAAGAAAAUUAUCGAAGAUUGCAGCAACUCGGAAGAGACCAUCAAGUUGCUUCGUUUCUGCUGUUGGGAGAAUCCUCAGUUCUCUUCUACUGUCCUCAGUGAACUUCUUUGGCAGGUUGCAUAUUCAUAUACAUACGAGCUUCGACCUUAUUUGGAUCUGCUUCUGCAAAUCCUAUUAAUUGAGGACUCUUGGCAAACUCACAGGAUUCACAAUGCACUUAAGGGAAUCCCGGAUGACAGGGAUGGACUAUUUGACACCAUUCAGCGCUCUAAGAAUCAUUAUCAGAAAAGAGCUUACCAGUGUAUAAAGUGCAUGGUAGCUCUCUUCAGCAACUGUCCUGUAGCCUACCAGAUCCUUCAGAGCAAUGGAGAUUUGAAGAGAAAAUGGACUUGGGCAGUAGAAUGGCUUGGAGACGAGCUUGAGCGUAGACCAUACACUGGCAAUCCCCAGUACACCUACAAUAAUUGGUCUCCACCAAUACAGAGCAAUGAAACAUCAAAUGGCUACUUCCUAGAGAGAUCGCAUAGUGCUAGAAUGACUCUUGCAAAAGCUUGUGAACUCUGCCCAGAGGAGGAACCAGAUGAUCCUGAUGCCCCAGAUGAACAUGAGUCUUCUCCACCUGAAGAUGCCCCACUGUAUCCCCAUUCACCUGGUUCCCAGUAUCAACAGAAUAACCAUGUGCAUGGACAGCCAUAUACGGGCCCGGCAGCACAUCAUAUGAACAACCCUCAGCGAACUGGCCAACGAGCACAAGAAAAUUAUGAAGGCAGUGAAGAAGUUUCCCCGCCUCAGACAAAAGAUUAGUGAAAUGCACAUAAUUGAUUAACUUGCUCCAUCAAGACUGUGCACCCAGGCCUUACAGUCCAACCUUUCUCUGUAUCUGGCUAAUAUUUAAAACUAGAAAAACUAUUCCUAAUCAACAUGGAGUGGAGAGUCUAUUCACUGUCUUAUCUGCAGAAAAUUGCUGUCAAUAUAUAACCCGCCUGCAGUGGAAAGUGUAUAGUGUUUUGUAAUAAAUGGCCUGAUGCUAAUGUGUAAAUGGCAAAGGUGUAUAUAGUAUAUUAAUGUUUGACUGUUAAUUCUUGAGCAAGAAACAUUUUUUUUUGUCUUGAUGAGACUCACAGAUCUACAAAAACAAAAAAAUAAUUUCUUGAUAUAUCUGCUGCGCUCUGCAACCAGUGUUGCCUGCCUCAUGGCAGUCGGAUCAAUUCCUUUACGAAAAAGCCUAUCCAUGUCAACCACAAAAAUAGUUUCAUGUUAAUUCUUUGCCACUGGAGUCGAUUUUACUAUGAGCAACGUAAUGGCUGGUAACCUUUUAAUUAUUUGGUUGAUGUGGAAAAUUGGUGAUGUAACAUUGUUUCUAGAUCUUUUUUCAUUGCCUUUUUCAUUCUGGUAUUAGGUUAAUCACUUUGAAGCUAUAGUUAUGCUGUAACAUUUAGCAUGGCUUCACACCAAGUUAGUGUAGCCAAUGAGGGGGGAAAAAAAAAACCGUGACAGCAGUUGUCCUGAUGUGACAACUGGAUUGCUCAGAACUUUUUCUUCUUACACCUAGACUAUAAAAUGGGGAGGGAAAAUGUGACAAACAAGUGGUUUUCAGUUUCACAUAUGUUCCUCACAAUCUGAUGUUUGACAGUUCUGUCUCUGGGUGGGAUAAAGAACACUUAGUUUUCAGUAAUAGGAAUUUAAAAGAUUUAAAACAAAUAUGCAAAAAUUUGCUAUGCCAGGAUGCCUGGAGCAUAAUAGACUGUAUUUGGUGUGCUUGUUUUGUUUCUUUGGUAGAGCUUAUUAGAUAAACUUCUAACACUUUCCUUCUACUGCAUCCCAGUGAAGUGGAAGUCAACAAAAUCACACAGUACUUGUGAGUGCCACUGCACCAAGUUAACUUGCUGGUUUUCUGCUCGUUCACAGUUCUACUUGAAAGAGAGAAUUAUCUUAGCUCUUUAUCCAUUAUACAGGAAAUCUUAACAGUAGAAGCAGGGUUUAAGUAUAAAAGAAACUACUGGUUAGUCAAAUACAAUUCUGAGGUAUCUCUAUUCCAGAAUAAACAUUUGUUUAAAGACUUCAAGAAACGCAUCAGUAAAUACUGUAUUUAAAUGAAAAUUGGUAAUUUGAAUGUGUGUAAUUUUUUUGGAACCUGUCUAAAACCAAAUACCCCUGCAAAACAGAUACAGCCCACCCUAUACUAUUUAAAUAUUUUGCUGUUUUAUUUUAUAGAAAUUAUUUUGCUGAAUUCACAAAUAGAAUUUGAUUUAAGAAGAA